CAGGCUCGAGGUCGAGGACACCGCCAUCUCCCCAUAUCUCCCCAUAUCUCCCCAUAUCUCGCAGGCUCGAGGUCGAGGACACCGCCCUCUCCGGCACCAUCCCGCCCUCCUUCAAGCACCUCACCCAGCUGGUGCAGCUCGACCUCGAGCAGUCGUCUGUCUCCGGCCCUUUGCCCGCCGCCGUUUUGGAGAGUGCCGCACAGCUGGAGCGGCUGCAGCUGGACCAGUCUCGCGUGUCGGGCACCCUCCCCCCCUCCCUCUUCGAGACGGCCUCCUCCUCCUUCCGCAAGCUCGAGGCCGACGCGACGCUCCUCUCGGGCAGCCUGCCCGACUCCCUCUGCGCGCCGCCGACGCUCGAGAGGAUCCGCUCCUCGCGCACGCGCAUCUCCGGCACCCUCCCUCCCUGCCUCGGCAACUCGAGCAGGCUGGAGGAGCUCUCGGUCCACUCCGCCUCCCUCUCCGGCUCCCUUCCGGCAUCACUCUCCCUCCUCGCGAGGCUGGAGACGUGCGAGCUCGCAACGCACACGCCAAACGAGGGGUGGGAGAAGGACAGGGUCCCCACCUGCACGAGCAGGAUCUUGUAA